ACGUCGGCGUGACGUUGGGAAUUCCUCUCCCCGCGGAGCUUGGUGAGUCGAUGAAGCGGAGCUUUGGAAGGAAGCGGCACGUACUGUAUCCACGUGAGACGGGAGGACAAGUUGAUCAUGUUUUCCCGGUCGCACUUCCAUCCUCCUGCAUCCGACGCCGCAGCCUCCUUCUCUGGCAGCGCCUUCACCGAGCCGGAAGAUGAGUUUCUGUGUGCUCCUUUUACGCCUCUGAGCCAAAAGCCUGUAAACAAGCAAACAUGGUCAUCUUCAUCCGCAUUGGCUGCCUGUAAACACAACAUCUGAGAAGUGUGACCCGAGCCAGCACAACAUCCAUCCACGGUCCGCAAUGUUUCCCGACGCCUUGGAAGCGGCUGGGCGGCUGGAGGGCCUGCCCAUGGCCUCCCUCCAGCCCGAGGAAGAGGAGGAAGAAGCCGAGGUGUUUGUGGAGCGAGGGCCCAAGAAACGGGGGCGCUACCGGCAAAGCAUACAACUACUGAAGCCCUUCAGGAUAACACAUAAACACCAGCACCCAGUCGACAACGCCGGCCUCUUUUCUUUCAUGACACUGCACUGGCUCUCACCGCUGGCUGUGAAAGCCUACAAGAUGUCCAGCUUGUCCAUAAAUGACGUGUGGGGGCUGUCCUGCCACGAAGCCUCCGAAGUCAACUGCCAAAGGCUGGAAUCUCUGUGGCACGACGAGCUAAAAAGAAAAGGGCACGAGGGGGCGUCCCUGACAAGAGUCUUUAUGAGAUUCUGCCAAACCCGAAUGUUGGUGGCCAUCUUUGCCCUCCUCCUCACAAUGGUGGCAGGCUUUGUUGGGCCCGCACUCCUGGUUCGAGCCCUGCUGGAAUAUUCCCAGAGUUCUGAGCGCUGCGUGAAAUACGGACUCUGCUUGGUUGCCGGGAUCUUCGCCAUGGAACUGAUGCGCUCUUGGUCUUUGGCACUCAUGUGGGCCGUCAACUAUCGCACGGCCACCCGUCUCCGCGGGGCAGCUCUCACAUUCGCCUUCAACAGGAUUCUCCGCCUACGCAGCACCAAAGACAUUAGUCCUGGCGAGCUGAUCAACAUCUGCUCCACUGAUGGCCAGCGUCUCUAUGAGGCCGUCUCUGUGGGCUGUCUGCUGGCUGGGGGUCCCCUGGUGGGCAUCCUUGGUCUGACCUACACCACUUACUUCCUCGGCCCCACUGCUUUAAUUGGAUCAGCCAUUUUCAUCAUCUUCUAUCCCGCCAUGAUGCUUGCCUCGAGGCUGACGGCAUACUUCCGCAAGAAGUGUGUGGUGGUGACUGACCAGCGCGUGAGGCUGAUGAAUGAGAUCCUUGGUUGCAUAAAGUUCAUCAAGAUGUAUUGUUGGGAAGAUGCCUUUGCGCGGAACAUUCACAACGUGAGGUUAGAAGAGAGGAGAAUACUGGAACGAGCUGGUCUCAUCCAGAGCCUCACAGUGGGCGUGGCGCCUAUCGUUGUGGUGAUAGCCAGCGUGUGCACGUUCACCCUGCACAUGGCCCUGGGCUAUGAUCUUACUGCAGCAGAGGCAUUCACUGUGGUUGCCGUUUUCAACUCCAUGACCUUCGCCCUGAAGGUCACACCGCUGGCUGUCAGGUCCCUCUCAGAGGGCGCUGUGGCCGUGAAGAGAUUCCAGAGACUUUUCAUGAUGGACUCCCGACAAGCCAUGUUGAUCAAAUUGCAAGACCCUCGCAAUGCGGUGGAAUUCCAAGACGCCACACUGGCCUGGGAGAAGGCUCGAACCCCAGCCACCAAGCCUAACCCGCCCACCAAGAAGCAGUGUGGGGGAAUGAAACGUUUGCUGCGCCGGGAGAGGCUUACCCUGUAUAUCUCCACCGAGGACAGCAAAGACCACAAGGAGAACCCCAACGCCCAGAGUCUCCUCACCAACAUGGAGCAGGAGAGUCCGCAGAGUACAAUCUCCUCCACGAAAAGCAUCCGGCCGCCACUGCACAAGACGCUGCACCGUAUUAACCUACGUGUUAAGACGGGUUCACUGGUUGGGAUCUGCGGUGGUGUUGGAAGUGGGAAGAGUUCUCUUCUCACAGCCCUACUGGGACAAAUGACCCUUUUAGAAGGCAACGUCGCAGCCAGCGGAGGCUUUGCUUUUGUGUCCCAGCAAGCUUGGAUCCUCAAUGACUCCUUGAAAGAAAACAUCCUUUUUGGGAAGGAGUUUGAGCAAAACAAAUAUAAUACUGUUUUGGAGGCCUGCUGUCUUCUCCCAGAUCUCGCAGAGCUGCCUUAUGGAGACAUGACAGAGAUUGGAGAGAGAGGAGCAAACCUGAGCGGGGGCCAGCGCCAGAGGGUGAGCCUGGCCCGGGCGCUUUACAGCGAGCGUCCUAUACUCCUCCUAGAUGACCCUCUCAGCGCAGUAGACGCGUGCGUGGGCUCUCACAUCUUCAAAAAGGCAAUACAGGCAGUGGCUAAAGGAAAGACGGUGCUUUUUGUUACCCACCAGCUGCAGUACCUGCCAGAAUGCGAUGACAUUAUCCUCAUGAAAGACGGGCAGAUAGCCGAGCACGGCACUCACGCUCAGCUAAUGGCUAAAGAGCGUGACUAUGCUGCUCUGUUCAGCAGUAUGCAACAGGAGGCUCUGGUGAGAGAGAAUUUCAAAAACAAACACCACAACGCAACUGCCGUAAAGGUUUGCCAUGUUGAGGAAAUAACCAACGUCUACCAAAAGCCACCGAGCAAAAAAGAACAACUGAUGCAAGCUGAAGAGAAGGGUGCUGGCGCUGUCGCUUGGGCCGUGUACGCCGCCUACAUCAGAGCAGCAGGAGGUCCGGUGAUUUUCAUUCUCAAUCUCCUCUUCUUCCUGAGCACCACGGGCAGCGUCGCCUUCAGCAACUGGUGGCUGAGUCACUGGAUUAGGCAGGGCAGUGGGAACGCUUCAUUAAUCCCAGCGAAUGAGACGAUGACGAAGGAGAGCAUGAGGUUGAACCCUCACGUUCAGUUCUAUUCCACCAUUUACGUCAUCUCGAUGGGCGCCGCUUUGUUCCUCAAGACUAUACGAGGCCUGGUGUUUAUAAAGUGCACAGUGAAGGCGGCCUCCGUGCUCCACGACAAGCUGUUCCACCGACUCCUCCGUAGCCCCAUGCGAUUUUUUGAAACGACACCUCUCGGCCGUAUCUUGACCAGAUUCUCCAGGGACAUGGAUGAGGUGGAUGUGCGUCUGACCAUGCAAGCUGAAAUGCUGCUCCAGAACCUCACUCUGGUGCUCUUUUGCUUGGCAAUGGUUGGUAUCGUCUUUCCCUGGUUCCUCAUCUCCAUCCUGCCCCUGGGACCGUUCCUUUGCCUGGUCAACCGUGUCUCCAGGGUUUUGAUUCGUGAGCUGAAACGGCUGGAGAACAUCAGCCAGUCGCCAUUCACCUCCCACAUCACCAGCAGCCUUCAGGGCCUCUCCACCAUCCACGCCUAUGGAAGAAAGCGUGACUUCCUCCAAAGGUAUCAGGAAUUGCUGGACAAUAACCAGGCCUCCAACUACCUCUUUAGCUGUGCUAUGCGUUGGCUUGCCGUGCGCCUCGACCUCAUCAGCAUCUCACUCAUCACCGCCGUCGCUCUCCUCAUUGUCUUCAUGCACCAGCAGAUACCUCCUGCCUACGCGGGCUUGGCCAUAUCCUACGCGGUGCAGUUAACGGGCUUGUUUCAGUUCACUGUCAGGCUCCUCACAGAGACGGAAGCUCGCUUCACAUCAGUAGAGCGAAUUAAUCAUUAUAUAAAGUCUCUAGAAAGUGAAGCACCAUGCAAAAGCCUGUCAAACGCUCCCGCCCUCUCCUGGCCUGAACAAGGGAAGAUCACAUUUCACAACGUGGACAUGUGCUAUCGUGAUGGCUUGCCAUUGGUGCUGAAGGGGCUGUCCUUCACCAUCCAACCAGAAGAGACCAUCGGCAUCGUGGGCCGCACCGGAUCAGGGAAGUCCUCUCUGGGUCUGGCUUUAUUUAGACAAGUGGAGCUGGCGAGAGGCUCCAUCACCAUUGACGGAGUCAAUAUUGCCCGAAUCGGCUUGGAUGACCUGCGGAGCAAACUAGCAAUCAUCCCUCAAGAGCCUGUGCUCUUCAUUGGCACUGUCAGGACCAAUUUAGACCCAUGGGAUCAGUACUCAGACUCGCAGAUAUGGGAAGCGCUGGAGAAGACCCAUAUCAAAGAGAUGGUGAGCCAGCUGCCUCACUCGCUCCACUCCGAGGUGAUGGAGAACGGCGAGAACUUCUCGGUGGGCGAGCGCCAGCUCCUCUGCGUGGCCAGAGCGCUGCUGCGUAACAGCAAGAUCCUAGUCCUCGACGAGGCAACAGCGGCCAUCGACACCGAGACCGACAGCCUCAUCCAGGAGACCAUUCGCUGUGAAUUUGCCAGCUGCACGCGCCUCAUCAUCGCCCAUCGUCUCAACACAGUGAUGAACUGCAACAAGGUCAUGGUCAUGGACAACGGCCAGAUUUUGGAGUUUGACCAUCCCCUUGCCUUACUUUCUAACGAAAACUCCAGAUUCAGAGCCAUGAUCGAGGUGUCCGAAAACCAAAGCAAAUGAAAGCUCGGAAAAUAUGCAUGCUAUGCACAAAAGAACUGCAACAAAUUAACCCUCAUGCGGGGUUUAAAAUACAUGCAGACGGUAGGUUGUAGUAGCAAUGACAAUUGGACUGAUGGCAAAAACCAAAGAACCUGGAACCAUGGUACUUUGAAUACCACCACACGAUACAAAGGACUGCUUCAUUUCCACAUUACUUGCAAGCCAAAUGAAACACUGCAAAUGAAACAGAGUGAGAACUCUGUUUAUGGCACUUUAUUGAAUUUAUGUUGACAUGUUUCUUUUUGGACCGCCACUGAGUUAUUUUCACAGUAUAGGAAAUGACGGUACCUUCAGAGUUAAUGAUGUCAGUUAUGAUUUUUUUUUCCAGUUUAGUGAGAGUGAAAUUCUAUAUUCAGGAACCAUGUUUAUGAUGCACUUAAGUCACAUACAAGGUUUUACUUAGCUGUUUUAAUAUGUGCCUAGAGCUGUGCAAAUGUACAUGUUGCAAUUAGCCAUGUCGUUGAACACUGCAUAUCGGUACUGUUAUGCUGAAACUGUUCCUCUUAUUUAAUCUAGAUGCUGGAAUUCAAAUUAUGCACCUCUUGUUUGUAAAGGCACGGUCGGUACGGUGUGUUUAUCUGGAGCUAAGUCAAUAUGUGUCUUCACAAAAGCUGAGGAUUGUUGUUGUCUGCCUUACACUGUAUAAUCGCGCUAAACAAUCACGAUGAGUGCAAUAUGUUUUUGAUUGCAUUGCUGCAUUUUCCAGGUUGCCUUUUGUACACAGUUUAACUUCCAACGUGUACUUUUUUUUAAUGGUUGAGUCUAUUUAGAGGAAUUGUUUUGUUUUGUUUUCCAAUAAAAGUUGUAUGGUAUUAUUGUCA